AUGUCCGAGGAAUGUAGCAAAGGGGUGGAGGUACACGAGAACAAGUGGUGGACAGAGGAAGAAGACAAGAUUCUACUGACCCAAAUCAAUAACACGAGGCCCUUUCUGCAACGGAAGGACACGCGCAAAGCAUGGGACACCAUGGCCGCGACGCUGAAAGACGUGGACGGCUUCACUCGGCCAGGCAUCGACGGUAAGAAGGCGAAGAACAGGUUCCUUCUCUUCGUUCGCCAGCACAAGUCCAACAACAAUGAGGCGGCCCGGCUUUCAGGCGCCACAGAAGACGAGACCCCCAAGAGCCGCCUCCUCGAUGACCUCGUGCCCCUCUACAACGACGCUGCGACGAAAAAGAGGGCGACCACGCCACUGUCGGAGGCUGACGAAAAAGACGCGAGUAUAAAGUUCAUUCGGGAGCAAGCUAUGCUACGCGGGAAGCGCAAAUCGUUGGAGUCGAGUGACGGCUCCGACGUCGGCGGCCUCAGCAAGAAGAAAUUGAUUUUAGAAGCUCAAGACAAGGAAGUUAAGCUAUUUCGGUUUCCGCCGAAGUAG